UACAACUCUUCUAGUAAUACUUCUCUUUCGGGUUUUGAAGCUGUUCUUCUUGCUCUUUACGCUAAUGAAGCGAAAUCACGUGGUGGUAAACCAGUAGUUGUCUCGAUACCGGAUCUUUCUCAGCCUUCUUUGUAUCAUAGUCCAAGAAAAACAAACCCCAUUUCGGGGAAAUCGAAUCCUAGGUUGGAUAAAGUCCAGAAUCGUAAUUUGGUCGGAGUUUUAUCGCCCGUUCUUGAACAUCAAAUUGCUGUGAAAUCAACUAAACGUGCUUGUAUUGUUGGGGUUGCUUUAGAUUCUUAUUAUAAACAGAUUUCACAUAUGCCAAGUUGGUCAAAAUUGGAUUUCUGUAGGUUUGCUAGUGAUUGGGCUGGUCAAGAUUGUGUUUGCGUUUCGGAGUUUGAUGAUGAAAGUGAUGGGAAUUCAGAGAAUUCUGUCGAGAUUAGUAACGGGGAUUUGGUGGGAGGGAUGGAGAAUUUGGGAAUUGAAGAUGGAUAUGAUGAAUUAAGGCCAAAAGGUGUAAGAAUUCCACUACCAUGGGAGUUAUUGCAACCUGUGAUAAGGAUAUUGGGGCAUUGUUUGUUGGGUCCUUUGAAUGCUGAGGAUGUGAAGGAUGCUGCUUCAUUGGCGGUGAAACGGUUGUAUGCAAGGGCUUCACAUGAGUUGAAUCCGCAGGCGAUUUUGGCAACUCGGAGUUUGAUUCAGCUUGAUAGGAGAGGUCGUGACGCAGUUAAGGUAGCUGCUGCUGCAAGUGCUGUUAUGUCAAAUGCUACUACGCCGAGUAAAGCUAAAAAGCCGGAGAUCCUUUUGGUUUCUAAAUGACUGCAUUUGGUUUGACUGGUUUUCACUUAUUUAUUUUUUCACUUGGUCAAUGAAGAGUUUGUGUAGAUUAGAAUUAUAAGUAUAUUGUUGCUAUUAUUUGUUUUAAUUAGACCUUGUUAUAGAUUUUAUUAGUAGUGAUUAAAUGUCUAAUGCUGAAGAAGUUCUGUA